AGUUAAAAAAUAAAAGAAUUAGCUAAAUCCGUCUCAAACAAUUUAGGGAGUUUUGUAUUUUAUAUUAGGCUUCCGGUCGUUUCUGCUGAACAUGGAGAGACAUAUGUUUGGAAAAGAAAAGCUCAAAGUGCCCACUGACUUCACUUCUCCGAGAAAUAUCCAGGGGAACCUUGUCCCUCCGUCACAUUUUGCCGCGACUGUCCCAUCUUCUGGAUCACACAGACCACCAGGACCAUCACCCCCCAUGUCCUGGUAUAAUCCAGGACCAACAUCAGCAGGGGAUCCCCUCCCUGCCCAUGCAUGGCUGGCCAUCUCUCAGGCACAACAAGAAAUAUUAGAGUUGAAAAAGGAAAACCAGAGGAUCAUGAUGCUACAAGGGAACAUCAUGAGAGGUGAAACGUCUGUAGAUCACCUGUCAGACCACAAGAUGAGAUCUGCUGAACGUAAGGAGGAGCGGUCCGGAUGGGAGUCAGAGUGGCGCCUGGAGGCGGAGAGGCACAAAGCUGAAGCUGAGAGGUUGAGGAGUCAGGUGGAGGCCUUGAAGGAGAGCGCAGUGAGGAACAGGGAAGAAAUGAGAGACAAAGACACGACCUUGAACAGAAGCCGUCAUGAGCUGGAAGUGACGUGUGAAGAUUUAUCCAGGGCGAAGACUGAACUGAGCCAAGUCAGAGAGGAGCUCAGUCUCUACAGCGCACAAACAGAAAAAAUGAGGUUACAGCUUGACAACUUGAAAGAAGAGUCUAACGAGGAAACAAAGAAGCUGAGGGGAGAUGCAGAGAGAAGUAAAGAGGAAUCCAGGGAGCUCGCUCUUCAGGCUGAAAUGAGCAGGUUGCAGGCUGAGGAGAACAAACAGCAGGUUCUCAGACUGUUGGAACAACUGGAAGAAAUGAAGCAGAAACAGGAAGUGCAGCUGCAACAAUUGAACACAUCCCACCAUACAGAGUUGGAUGCAGCAAGAAAAGUGAACGGUGAACUCCAGGACAUGCUUCAGUCCAGGACUUCAGAGACGCUGCAGCUGAAAAAUGCUCUGAAAGAGGCAUCGGCUGAGAGAGACAGGCUCAAAGAGCAUUUAAGCCAAAUGGGACAAGCUUUUGAGACGCAAUCUGCAACGCUGCACAGCCUCAGAAAUUACAUCGGCCAGUUCGCCCCGGAGAAAGAAGAAAAGGAACGACUGAACGAGGCUGUUGAGAGACUGAUUAAAGAAAAAGCUGCUCUUCAGACGACAACAGAGCUUUUGACCGUCAGGCUCAACUCAGUGAAUGAGAUACUCACCCUUCAAGAAGAGAAAAUGGCUAAAAAGAGCUCAACAGAUCCACUUAUGAAGAACAAAUCCGACGUUCUUCAAGUUCUUCAUCUGUGGCGAGAGAAAGUGUUCAAGUUAUGCAUCCAGCUUCGCUCCAAGGAUAUUGAGAUAAGAAGAGAGAAGGACGGACUUCUUUCAGACGUCAAAUUCACGGAGCAGCAGCUCCAGCAGGAGCAGCACAGAACCACCGUGCUCCAACACAGUCUGCACGACAGGAUGGCUGAGCUGGACCUGGAGAGAGUGGAGAAAGAGGUAUUAAAACAGAACUUGGCUGAGAUUCAGAAAGAAAACGCUGAGCUGAAGUCGCAGAACCAGAAAACAGAGGCUGAGAUUAAAACUUUAACAUCAGCUCUGCAGAGGUUCAGUCAGGAGUUUGAAAGCAAGCUGACGGAGGUGGAUGCAGCUAAAGCUCGACUCGACAGCUGCACCCAGAGACUUUCUUUUGCUAAAAGAAGAGUGGAGAUGAUCCAAGGUUUAGUCAUGAGAAGAACCGCGCUACAAAAAAUCGAACAAGCUUGUAAACAUACAGAACAGGACAACAACAGCAUCAGAAACCUUCAGCUGGAGCUCAGCUUGGUGUGUGAAGAGAGAGACAAACUCACUCAGGAGCUCAAAAGAACUCCGGAGCUCGUUGAGAAAGCUCUGGUUGAUCUGAAAGAACAACAUGAGAGUGACAUGAGACGGCAGCAGCAGGAGCUGGAGCACAGCUGCACAGAGCUAAAGCUGGCCGUGGCUGCUGAAGAGAAGGCUGAGCAGAGCUUGCAGCAGACCCAAGCUCAGCUGGAGGAGAGCAACACCCGCCUGGAGAGACUCCGCUGUGAACUGCUUCGCCAGCACGAGCAAAGCCAGCACG